GGUGGAGUGUGAACUUUUUGAGAUUCAUUAGAGAAUGGAAUAGUUGGAGUGUGUGUUUCAUUUUCUUUUCAUUUGGCUUUGGUUUUCUUUUGAACUAAAGUGAAUGGCUGGGUCUGGAAAUGGGCCGGGAGGGCCACCACCACUGUGGACAACAAUUCCUCCUAGCAUCACUAUCCCGCCACCAAUUGCAUGGACGGAGGAUGAUGGGUUUAGCCUUGAUCUCAUGAGGAUGACAGAGGAUGAUGGGUUUAGCCCUGAUCUCAUGAGGAUGACAGAGGAUGAUGGGUUUAGCCCUGAUCUUAUGAGGAUGACGGAGGAUGAUGACUUUAGCCCUGAUCUCAUGGAUGAUCUUCUUUCUGGCCAUACAAAUCAGUGUCCAUCUAUGUCGGAGAUCCUAACCAAUGGUGGCAUGGCAGAGCACAACCACAAUGCUCUUUUUGGGAAUAAUAAUCAGUAUUCUCUGUUCGGCGUUUCACAGGGGUUCAGCUCAUAUGAGUUCCUCAGUUCACCUUUACCUCAGGAGCACAUUGGAAUGCCAAAACAGCAGGCGCAACCACAGGUUUCUACCUCAUUCACACCGGUUGUUGCAGCUACUUCCAGUAGUUCUCAACAAGUGUUACUACCCGGAAUGUUAGUAAUGCCGGAGUUUCUUCAACAAGGAUUGAAUUCUUCUCCUAUAAAUGUUGCAGCUACUUCCAGUAGUUCUCAACAAGUGUUACUGCCCAGAAUGUCAUCAGUAAUGCCAGAGUUUCUUCAACAAGGAUUGAAUUCUUCUCCUGUAAAUGUUGCAGCUACUUCCAGUAGUUCUCAACAAGUGUUACUACCCAGAAUGUCAGUAAUGCCAGAGUUUCUUCAACAAGGAUUGAAUUAUUCUCAUGUAAAUGUUGAUAAUUGCUCUAACGAUGGAUACAACUGGAAGAAGUAUGGGGAAGAUCGAGUGAAAGAUUUUUUGUUCACGCGAAUUUAUUAUCAGUGCACUCAACAAGAUUGUCCUGCUAUGAAGAAGGUUAAGCAUUCUCUUGAUGGUGAUUUCACGCAAGUCACUUAUAAAUACAAGCACAAUCAUCAACCUCUUCAUCCAAGCAUGGUCACAAAUGUGCAAGGAACAAGUGAUAGGAAGGAUGUAGGUGAUCAUGAAAUUCAAGUGAUUGAGAAAAAUGGUGAACCUAAUCUCAACAGAAGAAACAUUGGAGGCAGUCUUGUAGAUCCAGGAUCUUCACGUGGCAAAGUAUCAGCGUCUAGACUCGUGGUGCAAACAAUAAGUGAUGUGGAUAUUGUAUAUGAUGGGUAUAAAUGGUGCAAGUAUGGGCAAAAAAUUAUCAAAGGAAACUCAAAUCCAAGGAGCUAUUACAAAUGCAACAUCCCAGGAUGCAAUGUUAGGAAGUAUGUUGAGAGGGCUCCAACCGAUCCUAGAGUCGUGUUAACAGCAUAUGAAGGAAAACAUAAUCAUCAUGCACCAAUAGCGCAUUAAGGCUAAAAUCAAAAAAUUUCAUACCUGGACCUCGUUGUUUCUAGAGUUUGGGCCACUGGUUUUGGAAGCAGCCUUUGUCCAAGAAUUUUUGAAGGUUUUCGGAAGAUAAGAUAACAUGGAUUUUCUUUUUAACUUUUAUAUUCAAUUUUAUGCUUUCUUGACUUAUGAGUCUAAGGACAAAGUUUUGACUAAGGGCUUCACUUCUUGAUACACAAAUAAUAGUGAGGAAAAUAGAUCUAUUUAAUUGAACAAG